AUGCCCCCUGGGAUUGCUUGCCCCGUAGAAUUUUGGUCCAAAGAAGCGAACCAGAACAUUCAAGUCGACUUCCUCUUACCCACUGGCAUUUACUUGACCCUCUCCAUUUCCUGCAAUGCAAGUCUUAACACCAUCAAACAGGUACUCAGCUCUUUCUCUUUUUAUCUUUCUCCAUCACAACGGAGUUGCCAAACUCAUUCCACAUGUUUUCUGUAAGCAAGAGAUUGUGCAAGGUCCCGAGGUUCUCUGAUGCAUCCCAAGCCAGGGCUGGAAAAAUUCCAUGAAGCUAAAAUGUUGUUAGUGAAAAGAACUAACAACAUAUUCACCCAAGGGCCAAAUGUGGCCCUCCAAGCUUCUCCGUUUGGCCCCCUGGACUCUCUCCCAAGACACACCUCUCAACAGCCCUGCCCUGCUCCCUCCUCACCUAGUCAGAUGGGCAGGGUACUACUGCUGCUGCUGCUACUAGUACUACUUCAAUUAUUAUUAUUAUUAUUAUUAUUAUUAUUAUUAUUAUGCCCAGCUAGGUUAGGUCAUUGAACUCUGAGCAUGCCUCUUGCUUGCUUUCGUGGACGGAGGAUAGAGACAGAUCUCUCUCUGUGUGUAGUCUACUAUACAGAGAUGAAAUUUGCAUUCAUUGCCCUACCUACUUUCCCCUCUGACCCCUCCCACUAUCGGAAUGCGGCCCCUGGAAAGCUGCCCAGAAGGGAAUGCAGUGCUCUUAUUUGAGAAUGGUUCCCUGUCCACCUUCUGGCCCUUGCAGAGAACUGUAUGCACCUUUCAGACCCUCCCAGCAGCCAGCAUCAAAGGCAGAAAUCCUUGUAUUUCCCUGGCCUUGGAGCUUAGCAGCCGGCCGUUUUGUUACAGGAGCUGAAGUGCAACCUGGGCAAAGCAGAAAGUCACUCUCUGUUUAUCAAAUAAAGGAAGUGGCAGUUGACCUGUUCGAGGUGAGAUUGCACUUCCCCUUCUUAAAAGAUCCAAGAUUGCAUCUUGGCAGGUGCAUCUAAGACCUCAUCUAUUCCAGGAAAUGCCCACAUUUAGUUUUACUUACCUACCUGUUUCUCUGUCAUUAAAAAACAAUCCAAGCAGUUUAUUUGAUUUCCUCACCCCCAGGACUUUUACGUCAAAAACUUGCUGUGAUACCUCAGUUAGUGCAUUUGAAUUAGUUUACAGGACAGGGCAAAAUUUUCAGGAGUAUGAUCCUGAUUUUGGGUACCAGUGGCCUGGCUAGCUAUGGCGAGGCACCAGGAUUCAUGGGGUGGGAGCACCAUUGAGCAUUGUUAUCAUGAAAUGUGUCAUGUUGCCAUGGUGAAAAAUUGCCACAAAACUGCAACUUACUCAGGGGACAAAUUAAAGCAACUUGGUGGCGAUUUGGCUUAACUUUACCAUAUUCCAAGGACACGUUCCAGGCAGGCAAGAUGCUCAGAGUGCAAUAAAGAAGGACCAGGGAAGGUCUGGCCUCAGGAGAGGUGGUGUGGUUUGGAGAGAGUUCUGAGGGCCAGAUAAGAGAGGCUUUGAGGGCCUGCUCCCCACCCCCUGGCCUGAAGUUCCCCCGACAUUAUUGGUUAAGCUAACAAAAUUAAAACCACAGCAAAGGUCCACUGUCACAUGACGCAAAGCUCUGGAAGUCAUAAGGCUUCCUAUGUUUAUACAUCUGUUGUUUUCAGAAGCGCCUGCAAACAAAACAACAUAGGCAGUUCUUUCCCAGAAUCUGGGCAUUGUCCAAAGGUAUGUUUCGUGAACAAUGUUCUGUGCAGGAGAAAGAACACUUGGCAUUGUUUGAAUGGAGAGGAAUUCUUUCUUUCCUCGUGCCACCGGUUUUACGCAAUUUUGUUGUUUAGUCGUGUCCGACUCUUCGUGACCCCAUGGACCAGAGCACGCCAGGCACUCCUGUCUUCCACUGCUUCCCGCAGCUUGGUCAAACUCAUGUUCGUAGCUUCGAGAACACGGUCCAACCAUCUCGUCCUCUGUCGUCCCCUUCUCCUUAUGCCCUCAAUCUUUCCCAACAUCAGGGUCUUUUCCAGGAAGUCUUGUUUUCUCAUGAGGUGGCCAAAGUAUUGGAGCCUCAGCUUCACGAUCUGUCCUUCCAGUGAGCACUCAGGGCUGAUUUCCUUCAGAAUGGAUAGAUUUGAUCUUCUUGCAGUCCAUGGGACUCUGAAGAGUCUCCUCCAGCACCAUAAUUCAAAAGUAUCAAUUCUUCGGUGAUCAGCCUUCUUUAUGGUCCAGCUCUCACUUCCAUACAUCACUACUGGGAAAACCAUAGCUUUAACUAUAUGGACCUUUGUCAGCAAGGUGAUGUCUCUGCUUUUUAAGAUGCUGUCUAGGUUUGUCAUCGCUUUUCUCCCAAGAAGCAGGCAUCUUUUAAUUUUGUGACUGCUGUCACCAUCUGCAGUGAUCAUGGAGCCCAAGAAUGUAAAAUCUCUCACUGCCUCCAUUUCUUCCCCUUCUAUUUGCCAGGAGGUGAUGGGACCAGUGGCCAUGAUCUUAGUUUUUUUGAUAUUGAGCUUCAGACCAUAUUUUGCGCUCUCCUCUUUCACCCUCAUUAAAAGGUUCUUUAAUUCCUCCUCACUUUCUGCCAUCAAGGUUGUUUCCUCUGCAUUUCUGACCCAACCACACACAAUCAAAGCAGAUUACAGGAAUGAUAUAAGGCACGCCAGAGAAAUGGAAAGCAAUGCAUUUAUUUUGCAACAGUGAAAAUGCUAGGAUGUUUUAAACAUUGCUGUGUGCGUGCAUGUAGAGUAAUGGGAUGGAGCAGUCUGGAUGAGUAUGUAGUACGUAAAAGGCCCCAGGUUAAAUUCACCAGCAUCUCUAAGUGGGGCUGGGAAGGUCCUUGUGCCUGAAAUCCUGGAGAACUGCUGCCACCCAGUGUGGGUAAUAUUGAGCUCAAGGGACCAGUUGUCUAACUCAGUAUAAGACAGCUUUCUAUGUCUUAAGGGAAAAGUUUCAGCUCAGUGUCAGUGCAUCUACUUUGCACAUAGAAGGUUCAAUCCCUGGCAUCUGGGAGUGUCUCCUUCCUGAAACCCCAGAGAGCAGCCAGUGUAGACGGUAGUGAACUAGACGGAUAAAUGGUCCUACUUGGUAUAAUGUACAAUAUGUGUCGUCAUGUUCCUUAUGUAACAAACACAACCAGGAAUAAGACCCACAGAAAUAUAAAUUAUAUAAAAAUAUCAAUAUAUUUAUAAUGUAUAUAAUGUAUAGUGAUAGAUAUAGAUAGAUAGAUAGAUGAAUGAGCUGGUAGAGCAUGAGACUCUUAAUCACAGGGUUGUGGGUUUGAACCCCAUGCUGGGCAAAAGAUUCUUGCAUGGCAGGGGGUUGCACUAGAUGACCCUUGGGGAUCCCUUCCAACCUUACAAUCCUAUGAUUCUGUGAUCUGUAAUGUACUUCAGAAUACGAACAGCGUAUAAGUAGUUCUUCUGUAGUAUAAUUCUUCAUUGCCUUAUUUUUAUGGGGUUUUUUUGAAGCACGUUUCAAGUAUGUUUCUAUCUGUGGGUCUUAACUGUUGGCUCAAUAUAAGGCAACUUCGUAUAUCAUAAGGGAAAGUCUCAGCGGUAAAACACUUGCUUUAAACACAGAGGAUUCCUAGUUCAUCAUUUAAGUGUUUCCCAUCCCUUUCCCCAGAAUUCACCCUGUGAACAAACUUGAACUCGGCUAGCUGCCUUGAAUGGACUCCCGUCUUAGGGAAGGCACCUGUUCAGAUGUUGAUGGGGCAACUCAAACGAGGGCCUCAUCUGCACUAUGCAUUUGAAGCAGCAUCAUACCACUCCAAACAGCCAUGGCUUCCUCCACAAAGAAUCCUGGGAACUGUAGUUUGUUAAGGGUGCUGAGAUUUGUUAGGAGGUCCCAUUCCCCUCAUAGAACUACAGUUCCCAGAGUUCCCUGGGAAAGGGGUAUAGGUUGUUAAGCCACUCUGAGGGGAAUAGGAGGGUCUCUCUUGCCAACUCUCAACACCCUUAACAAGCUACAGCUCCCAGUAUUCUUUGGAAAAGCCAUGAGUGUUUAAAGUGGUGUCAUAGUGCUUUAAAUGUACAGUGCAGAUGGGAGCAAGGGAGGGGGGAGGGAAUAAGGUGUAUACAGUGCUUUUUUUCUUAAAAAUUUUAGGGGUACUCUCAUUUUCCUACUCAUAUUGAAAUACUGCCCCUCAAUGAGGCCAAACUUAGAUUCACAAAAUGUUUAGGGGGCAUGCGUACCCUGCGUCCCUCCUAGAAAAAGCACCGUAAUGUCAAAAGAAUACUAACUUCAGUGGACUUUGAAUACCAAGGAUCUGAGUACAAAUUGCCAACUGCUUUACCAUACAAAUCGUACGGCUCAGAUCCAAAGGUCUUUGCAAUCCAAAAAUGAAGAGCAAACAACGAAACACAGCAUCUGAUUUAUACAGAGACGCACAAAUACACUACAAACGUGACUAAGUUUUAAAAAAAAUAAAAAUAAAAAUUUGAUGACAGCUCUAAUUAGGUUAGAUUGUGGUCAUGAUAGAAAGAAGUGAGGCUGGAAGUGAUUUGAUCUAUUUUAACGGCUGAGAACAGAUUUCUUUUCACCCAGAGACUUGUUUAAUUGUUCAGGCACAUUAGUAUUUUAAAAGCAUUUCCUUCCUUAGAGGUGCAAAAAAAUGCUCUAUUUUUUGUGAUUAGCAUAAAUAUCAAACCUGCUGAUUAUUCGUUUUAUGUGUGUGAACACCAGAGGCAGCCUAACAAUUGCUAUUUAUUUAUUUUUUAAAAAAAGAAAACAAAAAAUGGAAAUAAAGGGUUGGAUCCAGUGCUUGUCCUAUUCAGAGCAAGCCUGUUGAGAUUAAGUUAGUCAUGCUAACUCCUCUGAGUAGGACUAAUGUUCAAUACAACCCAGCGCAAAGAAACGGGAACUAUUUCUUUUCUUUUAAAAAAAAGUUUGUAAAGCAGGAAUAGAGUAUCUGUUGCCCUCCAAAUGUUGUUGGAUUCCAACAACAUGUGCUGACUGUGGCUGGUGGGGAGUUGCAACCCAAAACAACCCUUGAGGGCAGCUGGUUGGUGUGGGCUCUAGAGGGCCAGAUAUUCUGAUCCCAGAAUAAAGCAUCUUCUCCUCCUCUCCCUGUGUUUCAGAUGGUCUGGCACCAUGCUCAGUUUGAGCCCCUCUUCCACAUGCUCAGCGGCCCAGAGUCCUACGUCUUCACCUGUGUCAACCAGACAGCCGAGCAGCAGGAGUUGGAGGACGAGCAGCGGAGGCUCUGUGAUGUCCAGCCCUUCCUGCCGGUCCUGCGGCUUGUGGCCCGUGAAGGCGACCGAGCUAAGAAGCUGAUCAACUCUCAGAUCAGCCUCCUCAUCGGCAAAGGUGAGGCCCAACCUUGAAGGGUGGUAACUGGGGUUGGAUUAACCCAGCCUUGCUCUGCCUGCUGCCUUCCAGGUGGUUUGGACAAUGACUCCCAUCAGCCCCUGGUGCCAGGGCCUUCAAAUCCCAUCAGCCCCUGGUGCCAGGGCAUUCAAAUCCCAUCAGCCCCUGGUGUUUUGGAUUCUCGUCAGCUGGAUAGUAGUAAUAAUUAUAUUAUUGUUGUUAUAUAGUGGUACCUCAGGUUACAUACGCUUCAGGUUACAUACGCUUCAGGUUACAGACUCCGCUAACCCAGAAAUAGUGCUUCAGGUUAAGAACUUUGCUUCAGGAUAAGAACAGAAAUCGGGGGCAGGCGGCGCGGCAGCAGCAGGAGGCCCCAUUAGCUAAAGUGGUGCUUCAGGUUAAGAACAGUUUCAGGUUAAGUACAGACCUCCGGAACGAAUGAAGUACUUAACCUGAGGUACCACUGUACUUAUAUCCCACCUUUCAUCUAAGGAACUCCAGUACAGUGGUGCCUCGGGUUAAGAAUUUAAUUCGUUCUGGGGGUCUGUUCUUAACCUGAAACGGUUCUUAACCUGAAGUACCAUUUUAGCUAAUGGGGCCUCCCGCUGCUGCCGCGCGAUUUCUGUUCUCAUCCUGAAGCAAAGUUCUUAACCCGAGGAACUAUUUCUGGGUUAAUGGAGUCUGUAGCCUAAAGCGUCUGUAACCCGAGGUAUCACUGUAUAUAGUUUAAUCUUCACAACAACCCUGUGAGGGAGUUCAGGCCAAGAGAAGGUGACCCCCCCAGUGAGCUGUAUGACUGAGUGUUAGGAGACACUGAUGUGAGAGCACUUUCAAAAGUUGCUCAAUCCCAUCUGUUGUUUUGGUUGCCCCUUUCUGAACCUUUUUUCCAAUUCUAUGAUUUGUCUGAAAACAGGGGUUAGGGCAGUGGAAGCAGAACCCCUGUAAAGCUUAAAAACAACAUAUUAACUCAUUCUGCAUGCCUGCUUUGUAGUUUGUUUUCCUCUUUUAUUUUUCAUCUGUUGUUAUAAUUGGUCUUUGUUUUAUAUACAUUAUGAAAUGAAAUAAAAAAUAUUUACAAGAACAACAACUUAGAACUCUAAGAAUUCCAAUUCCAAAAUCAUUUCAGUUUAUGACUCUUCUAUGGGUGCUGGCCGUCCAUUUUUAAGCACCCCCUCCCAAUGCUUUCAUAAGGACUGGAAACUUAAAGUUGAGAAAUAUUUAAAAGAUGCCAUUCUUAUAUUAGAGUGGUGGUGUUGCCUGGUUCUACAUCACAGAUGGCAUCCCCCACACUCAAAAAACUAUUAUUAUUGUUUUUAUUUUUUUAAAAAAAUCUUGGGAUUUACUAUUGUCAGGCCUGCACGAGUUUGACGCCUUGUCUGACCCGGAAGUGAAUGACUUCCGCACCAAAAUGCACCAGUUCUGUGAGGAGAGAGUGACCAGGCGGCAGCAGCUGAGCUGGAAAGCCUGGAUGGAGUACAGCUUCCCGGUGCAACUGGAACCCUCGUCCAGCAGUCUCGGAAGAAAGAGCCCCCUCCAAGUCCCCAACAAGAACAUCUUUGUCAAUGUCAAAUUUGAGUCUGGAGGGGUAAAUCCACAAGCCUUUUCAAUCUGAGCAACUUUUUUUUACUUUAAAAAAAAUAAAUACUCGUAUGCAUGCAGCUUUUGCAGUUUGCACGAGGACAGAUCUCUGCCCUCAAAGAGCUUACAGUAUAAGAUUUGGCAUAAGAGGAAACAGAGAGAGGGGGGAAGCAGGGCAUAAACAGUGAGGAAAAUGUGCUUCCUAUGCCAUAAGUGGUCAGGCACCUGCUUUUGCAUGCAGAAGGUCCCAGGUUCAAUCCCUAGCAUCUCCAGGUUGGGCUGGGAGAGACUCCCUGUAUGGAAUCUAUAGAUUAGCAUAGAUAACACUGACCUAGAUGGAAUCUGUCUUGCAUAAUGGCAUAAGUCAGUUUUAUUAUUAUCAUAUUUAUUUGUUAGUAACUUUACAAAGAAAGAAAAGCCUCUCAGAGCAACUUAGCAUGAUAAAAUGCAACAGUAAAUAACAAUUAAAAUCAGAAAAUAUAAAACAAUGUAUAAAAUAUAGGUAGAUAGGGCUGUCUAUAAGAUAAUCAUAAGAUUAUUGUUUUCAUUUUGUACUUAUUUUUAUUAUGUGUUUAGUGUUUUUAAUAUUGUAAUUUUAUGUUGUGAACUGCCUUGAGAUCUAUGGAUGAAGGGCAGUAUACAAAUUAAUUAAUAUUACUACUAAUAUAGCCCUGGCAUUUUACUGAAAACCAUGAGGACUGGAGUCUUAAUUUUUUUUUGCAGGGGAAUAGGCCAUAACUCCCUGGGAGAGCAGCUCCCUGUGUUUUGCUCAUUAUAUUUCCUUCCCUGCAGGAAAGUUUCACCUUCCAGAUCUCUCCCAAGGAAUUCCCUGUGACACUGAUGAGCUAUGCUGUCAAGAAGCAAGCCACAAUUUUUCGGCACCAAAGAAUGAAUAGCCCGGAGGAAUACGCUCUGCAGGUUAACGGGAAAUGUGAAUAUCUGUACGGGAACUACCCUCUGUACCAGUUCCAGGUGUGUGCUCCCCUCUCCUACCUUUUGUCUCAUUGACUAGCUGGGAAAGGACAGAGAAGGCAAAGGAUAUUCGUUCCCUGAGUAGAAUGGGCUUUUCGCUUUCUGGGAGGACCCUCUUUGGGAAGCCACUGGGCCAGACCAGUGGUCUAUUUAGCUCUGUACUGUGUACAGAGACUCUGCAUACUUUCCCAGCCCUAUCUGGCAAUGCCAGGGAUCGAACCGAGGACAUCUUGCACACAAGGCAGAUGCUGUAUCACUGAGCUACAACCCCUCCCUUAAGACCUAGGAACAUAGGAAGCUGCCUUUUACUGACUCAGACCACUAGUCCAUUGAGCUCAGUGCAGUUUACACAGACUGGCAGCAGCUCUCUAGGAUUUAAUAUAGGAAACUUUCCCAGCCCCACUUGGCCUGCCUUUAAAAAUAUAUAUGUCCGGUUUAUUUUAUUUUUAUAGCAAGGCAAGCCUCUGAUUUAUUCCUAUAUUCUAUCUAUUUUUAAAAUUUAUUUUGACAUGUACAUGCUGCUUUGCCCUUUGCACAGCUUAAAAAUUGCAUGCCAAAGUGAUCACAAGGAGAACCAUUUAGUUCACUGGGGGACACCAGGAAGGAGACCAUAGAGAGGAGUGCAAGCUCUUUCUGUGCUAUGGAUACCAAUGCACACGUACCCAUCAUUCUCCAUCAUUCUGUCAUUUCAGGAGUGGGGUAGUGGAUUGGAAUUCAGCGUUUUUCUCAUAUGGGCUAGAAAUGUGGUGGUUGUUUAUAUAUAUAUAUAUAUAUAUAUAUAUUCUCAGGAUUUUAUACUUACUAUAUCUUUUCUUUGAGAACAUACCGGCAAUCUGGGCCUCCCACCCUGACUUGGCCCCCGUUCCCAAUUCCUGUAGCCUUUCACUCCUUUUCUCCUCUCAUACAUUUAGCGUUUUGAGCUCCUGCUAUAUGUGCUAAUGUCCUUUGAUCCAUUCCUGCAGUACAUCCGUGACUGUUUGCACCGCGGCCUCCUGCCACAUCUCACAAUGGUGCACUCCACUUCCAUCAUGGCUCUGUGGGAAGAACAAACCAAUGGGAUCUCUCACCCCUCAAAAGCGUCCCCCAAACCUCCUCCUGUCCCCAAGAAAAAGGUAAGCUGUGAUAAAUAAAUAAACAAAUGAGAAAGGCAUGUCCAGACACUGUGGUUUUCCCCAGUCUUUGAAACGGAACGUGCAAAGUUUGUAGUCCAUAUGACGUUUUCACUGGCCCUGGAGUACCUGGGUUUAAUUUUUUUUGUACGUCUCCCUCCCACCCUCACUCGUAGAAAUGAUACACUGUUUGCAGGAAGUUUUGAAGCUUCGACCUGCCUCACAGGGUAGUUGUUAGGUUAAAGAAAAUCAUUGUAAGCUAGGAGUGGCGGAAACUCAGUCCUGGGUACUGAAUGCGGCCCUCCAUGCCUCAGCAUGUGGCCCUCAGACCUCUUCCCAGGCCACACCUCCCUCCUUGCCCGCAUCUCUCUUGGGUAUACCUGGAGUCAGUUCUUGAUCUCUGACAAUGUGUCUUUCUUGCCUUGAUGGAAGGCCGGGGGGGGGGGGAGAGAAACCAGCUGACUCCACAAAAGUAAAAUUCACAGUUAUUGCUCAACCCACUUUUGCCUCUGACCCUGUCCCACCACUGGGGUGCGGCCCCCAGAAACUUGCCCAGGACGACAAAAGUUUUCCCACCGCCUCCUGUAAGCCAUCCCGUGAUAGCUCAACGGAAGGGUUGGGGUAGUGAUCUGAAUAAUAAUUAAGUCUGGACAGAAUAACAGAAAUUAAAUAUAUCUCAGUGCUUGGUGUAUAGCUUUUCCAGCUUAGCUAACUAAAUUGGCUGAUGGUUGCCUCCUAUGCUUUAGUGGUGAUAUUUACCUCUCUCCCUUUUCUCCCCACACCCCAACCCCACACGCUAGCCCAACUCCAUCUCUCUGUGGUCACUUGAGCAGCCUUACUAUAUCGACUUGGUGCAGGGCAGUAAGGUGAAUGCUGAUGAACGGAUGAAGGUACUCUCCCCCCUACCCCCUUUCUUUAUUUCUUUCUGCUGGACUUUCUGUGGCUUCUUUUCCUCUUCCUGCCUUGUUGUUUACUGCUUGUUGUUUAAAAAAUGCUGAGAUCAAAAGGCAGAAGUCAUGUGCUGACUUCUCCUCCCAACCACCACCAGCCUACAUGAGACUUUUUCAUUCAGCUCUUAAGUCGGUGUCAGUGGCUUCACACUACAGGAAAGGGGAGGGUUGUUGAUCAGCAUUCUGCAGAAGGAGAGUUCUUAGAAAUUUCUGGCUGCGUGGGAGAUCACUGGUUUUUGGGGUUGUUGUUUUUUUAAAUGUGCUCCAGCAUGAUACAAAGCCAAAAAAAAAAGGACGAAAGAAAGUAACCCACAAAAGCUGAUACCUUCAUAGAUGUAGAAAUUUGGCUCUGCAAGGUCCAGGGAAGGCUGGAACUUUGCUUCUUGAAGGUGCCACCUUUCUGCUAGCUGGGAGGGUUGUAGUUCUUUUUAUUAGGUUUGAAGAGCAGUCAAAAAUGACCUUAUGAUGACGAUGAUGAUAUAAUGUAUUUAUAUCCCUUCUUCCUCCAAGGCUGGGAUUCAAAGUGGCUACCAACGUUUAAAACGACAUUACACAAUACAUAGGAAUAAAACCAAACUAGCUAGCUGAAAACAUUAAUUAAAAUACAGCAGAACACAUCUAAAACCAGCAGUUAAAACCGAGUUUGCCCAUUGAUCAGCAUUGCUUGCACCUUACUUUACAAAGGCCUGCCUGAAUAGGAACCUGCAACCUGAAGUACUAUUGUUUAUUUAUGUAAGGUUUUGUUCAGCUUAAGGUAGAGUAGACCCAUUGGAUUGCACGUGCGAAAGUUAGCCAUGGCCAUUAACAUCAUUGGAUCUUCUUUGAGUAGGAUGAGCACCGGACACAACCGGUUGUUACUUAUUUAUUUCCAUUUCGCUAAACAUAGGCAGCUGCCUUGUCCGGAAUCAGGUCAUUAGUUCAUCUAGCUCAGUGCUGUCUACACUGGCUGGCAGCAGCUCUCCAGGGUUUCAGGCAGGAGGUCUCUUCCCAGCCCUACUUGGAGAUGCUGGGGAUUGAACCUGGGACCUUCUGCAUGUAAGCAGAUGCUUUACCCACUGAGCUACCAUGGUCUGUCCCCAUAUUGAAGUUAUUAACAACCAAAACAUAAUCAUAUAACAGCAGUGAUUCCUACAUUGCAGCGUGUUGGACUACAUGACUCUUGGGGUGCUUUGUAUUUCUUCUGGGAGCCCGACCUCAUGCCAUUGACUGACAGUCAGCACCACUAUAGAGCAAUAUGUUCAUUGGGUUUUGCCAGCAGCAACUCAGCUGAAAUGCAGGUGUCUCCCCCUGCCUUGUUUACUAAGCAACAGAGACCGAUUUGUGUCGUUUUCCUUUGUCCCCUCUUUUCUCUACCUGUUACCUUUUGAAGUGCACAUGGGUUGAGCACAUGGCGCACGCAUGCACAGAGCUGUGAGGUUGGAUGGCUUUGCUCACCCUUGUCCUGCAUCUCCCUUUCUCAGCUGGUGGUCCAGGCGGGCCUGUACCACGGCCAUGAGAUGCUCUGCAAGAUGGUGUCCAGCUCUGAAGUCAACGUCUGUUCAGAGCCCGUGUGGGGACAGAGGCUUGAAUUCGAGAUUAACGUCUGCGACCUACCUCGCAUGGCCCGGCUGUGCCUGGCGCUCUACGCCGUGGUGGAGAAAGCCAAGAAGGCAAGGUCUACCAAGAAGAAGUCAAAGAAAGCUGUAAGUCCCUCCUAGGGUUCACUGCAUUGGCCUGGUGGUGCAGUCUUGCAGUGGCAGAGUGGAAUGUACCACUUCACUGCUGGUUGUGUGUGAGAGAGUUUCCUCCUCUUAAAAACACCCUGCAAAUAGAAAUCUAGACCAGCAGGGGAGAGAGCUGAAACCUGUUUCCCUGAUGCGUUCGCUUUCUUCUUGCAAGAGAUUUUUUUUUUCUAUGUAAGAACCUUCCCAAAAUGGUGUAUUUCUUCCUUCAGGCACUGUCUGAAACUGUUAAUUCUAAGUCUUCAAGAUUCUUUCCACUUCCAUCCUGUGGAGGUCUUAGAAUUGGGGAGCCAUAAACCAUAUGGAUGAGUGAGAUGAGGGUGAAGCAGGUCAAUUUCUCCAAAGUGUAGCUCGGGUUGUUUACAACCUGGGUCUGUUAUCUAUGUUAGGACACAGCGAUCACUUUAAAGUGUGAUAGCAUCCCCCAAAGGAUGUGGCUGGGUGGGGCUGAGUAGCUGUAGAUGGGCAAGGGGUGAUUCAGUGGAUGUUUGUUGUUGCCCUUCACUGUUCCCCCCCCCCCUCCUGCUUUUCUCUCUGCACUCCUUUAUCUCCAUCUUUAAAACAUGGGCUUACAAGCCUUGUCUGAAAUCCUGGUCUAAUGUCUGGAGGAUCAUAGGUUCCAUAUCCUUGAUCUAAAUGAUUGCCCAUAGGUAGUUAGCAAGAGAUAUACUUAGCUAGAUAGCAAGAUAGCUAGGAAGUUAGUUAGAUAGCUAGCUAGAUAAUAGAUAGAAAGUUAGCUAUCUUAUCUAGCAAGAUAGCUAGAAGGUUGGAUAGUUAGUUAGGUAGCAAGAAAGAUAGAGAACAAUAUAGCUAUAUAAAGAAAGCUAGCUAGCUAGGAAGCAAUAUAGAAAGUUAACUACCUAGGUGGAAAACUAGCUAGUUAGCAGAUAGAUAGAAAGUUAGCAUGUUAGCUAGCAAGAAAGAUAAGAUAGGUAGCCUUAUUGGUGCCACUGAUCUUUUUGAUAUCUAGGUUCACAAUACAGGCUUAAAAUGCAACAAAAUCAGUCCUCACCCCCACUGCUUCAAAUCACACUUGCAUUCUGUUAUACACAUCAGUGCAGCGAAUAUCUUUCCAAGUUGCCACUUCCCAUCCACACCAGUGGUUGGAGAGGGAGUGUGGAUGUCUUCAUAUGACUUCAAUUUUCAAAGACCACGUUUCUUAAGUAACUAACAGGACAGAUGUGGAUUGGGGCAUUUACAAACCAGCGGGAGCAGCGCUGGAUGGAGAGUGAGCAGAACUGUGUACACAGCCUUAAAUGAAAAAGUGUGUAGGUUUUUUGAGAGUUGCAAAUACCUUACGUACAAAAAUCCAGCGAGAACAAGCUUCCAGGAACUGGGCCGGCGACUUGAGCCCUUGGACUGCAUCGUGCUCUGCUGAGUCAUGCUGCAGCUAUUCUCCGUUGCUUCCUUGGAAGAUGCUGAGUCAUUCACUUCUUGGACCAUCUCCACCAAAGAUCUCAUCAUUUAGGGCUUGGUCAGGAGCCAGGCCUUCUGCUGUUUUCGCUGAGUGACUCUUAAGAAGGUUUAGAAAUUGAAAGAAGGGAGGCAGUUAGAAGUAGAGAGGUGAUGCAUUCUUUCUGGGUAUUUAUUUUCUUGGAUAUGUGCUGGAAGCGAGCAUUGCGAAAGAAAACAGAGGACGGUGUUUGUAGCCAGAUUAAUCCCUCGGCCCUGUUUACUCUGCAAAUGUUUGUUUGCUUGCUUGUUUUGUUUUUAAAAAAGACCAGUUGAACCAGUUCUAACUGUCCCCCUUCCAAGGCUAAGGGACUGAGCUGCAAAUUUCUAAUGACAGGAGCACACAGGAGUCAGAGGGAAUCUAAACAAACAAGUUCAAGACCCAGUAUCAGUUCUGAGUGGAUGUGAAAUUGUGGGCCCUGCUUUUCAAUGAAUACAUUGUAUGGGCAGCUUACCAACUCCUACAAAAGCCAACCCCACCCUUGAAGAAAAUAUAAAUAUAUAAAAUAUAGUACAACUAAAAAAAUAAAUCAGUAGCUAAAGUGCCUUUGUUUUGUUUUUUCACAGUUUUUAAAAGCUGAUUUGGCUCUGCUACUGACUCUUGAACUUGUUUGUUUUCAUUUUUUAAAAAGCCACUUUGGGCUCGGUGUGCUACUGGGUUUUGAAUUUUUUCUCUGUGUUUUUUUAAAGAAAGCAGACAAGUUCAAGACCCAGUAGCAUACCAGAGCCAAAAAAGCAGCUUUAAAAAAGGGUAGGUAAUUGGAUCUGAUCAGUGGGCCCAAUCCUUUUCUCCCCUUCUUACAGGCCAUGUUUGAUGGGUGAGCAGGACCACCCACCUGUCCAUUACCUGAUGUCACAGUGGCAUCAGGUGAUAUGUUUUCCUGGUGCACGCUGCUUUGAAGGCCUGACUAUCAGCUGAUUGCCAGGCCUUCAAAGCAGCAUUGCACCGGGAAAAUAUGUCACCUAAUAAAGGUAAAAGGUAAAGGACCCCUGGACAGUUAAUUCCAAUCAAAGGCGACUAUGGGGUGCGGCGCUCAUUUCGCUUCAGGCCAAGGGAGCCACUGUUUGUCCACAGGCAGCCUUCUGAGUCAUGUGGCCAGCAUGACUAAACCGCUUCUGGCGCAACAGGACACCGUGACGAGUGCCAGAGCGCAUGGAAAUGCCACUCACCUUCCCGCCACAGUGGUACCUAUUUAUCUACUUGCACUGGUAUGCUUUCAAACUACUAGGUUCACAGAAACUGGGACAGAGCAACAGCUCACCCCAUCACGCAAAUUUGAACCGCCAACCUUCUGAUCAGCAAGCCCAAGAGGCUCAGUGGUUUAGACCACAGCACCACCGGGAAACCAGGUCACCUAAUGUCUCUAAAGCACUGCAGACAGAUUUUUGCAAGCGCUGCAGAUGAGCUGAUCUUCGGUCCUUUACAAAUAGCUAUGGGUAUGUUGCGCCCUGGUGCCUGCAAGGGUAUAUGGCCAGUGGGCAUGGCUUGAUCACAGUCAUUGAAUGUUAUUCCUGCUGCGUGGACCUGACCCACUAAAUCUUCAUCAACCUCCCUGCAGGACUGCCCAAUUGCCUGGGUGAACAUCAUGCUGUUUGACUACCAAGACCAGUUGAAAACUGGAGAGUGCUGCCUGCCAAUGUGGUCAUCGUUUCCAGGUACAUAAGGCAGCUCUCUAAUAUUACUGUUGUUUUCAUCCUGGGUAAUAGAAUAUAUGGGAAAGGGACAUAACUCAAAGAUAGAACAUCAGCUUGGAAUGCAGAGGGUCCCACAUUCAGUCGCCAAUGGCAGCUUCAGGUGGGGCUGGGGGGAAAACCUCUCUGUGAGAGAGAGAGCGGGGGGCGGGGGGGGGAACCUUGGAGAGCUGCUGCUAAUCAGUGCAGACAGUGCUUAGCUCAAUGGACCGGUUGGGCUGAAAAUUAUUUGCUUUAUGUCUUACACACGACAUGAUUGUAAAAAGACAACCACCACCUGAAAGCGGUUUACGAAAAAGGAUAAAGCGACAAAAUUGCCCAUAUGAAAAAUUAACAACAAUGCUUUUAAAACCUCUGAAAAGCUAAAAUAACAGUAAGCUAAAAACAGAAUUGAAAAACAUUUUUAGCAGACUCUGAAAAGAGGUACUUCUGCCUGAUAUCAAUAGGCAGGGAGUUCCAAAGUGUAGGUGCUGCCACACUUAAAAAAAAUAAAAUGAGGCGGCUUCCUAUGGUCCUCUGACUGUGACUUAGCCAAGUAUCACAAUGUAUGGCAUUCAUGUCCCGUUCUUGCCAAAUCAUUGGCCACUAGGUGGCGCCACGUUUCUUAGGGAGCCUCAUCCUUUCUUUCCAGAUGAGAAAGGAGAGCUACUGAACCCAACGGGCACCGUCCGGACCAACCCCAAUACGGAAAGUGCUGCGGCCUUGGUCAUCCGCUUUCCUGGCAUUUCGCUGUACCCGGUCUACUAUCCAUCCUUUGAACAGGUAAGAAGGUGGUGGUUUGCACCCCUGUCCCUGGCCAGUUUAGUCUGCUUUCUGGGUCAAUGGAAAAAGUGAGUCAUCUCCAUUCAGUCUUAAGAGGGGUCCGCCUCCCAUUACUGAGUGUGGAAUCCCAUUUCCAUAUGGCGCUGCCAGUUUGGCUGAUUUAUUAGGCUUGUAUUUUAUUUGUUUGUUUGAUUUCAUAAUAUUUACCCAGUGCUUGAUUGGGCAGCUUACAGUGGGAAUAAAACAAUAACAUCUGUAAAAAUAACUCUUUAAAACAUUGAAAGAGAUAAAAAUCAGCAAUAAACUGUGUGUGAUCUGGGCUGGAAGCAGGGUGGAAGCUAGAGAGACAGAGGUAUGCUUGCUCUGUGCCUGAUGGAGAGGCAAGAUCCUGUUAACGCUAUGAACCCCUCCAUCUUACGCUCAGGUUGUAUAUAUGUGUAAACAAAACCAAAUAUCGUAAAGACAUCACAGUCUCUGCUGACCUAAAUUCCAAUGUAAGCAUCUGGGACCCCUGGAUUCUCUCGUCACUUAGAGACUGGGGCAGAAUUUAACAGUACAUAUAUAUAUAUAUAUAUAUAUAUAUAUUCAUAUAAACCUUCGUACGUAACAGUUCCAUACAUUAUUGUAAAUCACGUUGCAUUUACUUUUCGUAGGGGGAAAAAGACCAAUAUGUAUGUAUAGUAUUCAUAUAAACCCUUGUACAUAACAGUUCCAUACAUUAUUGUAAAUCAUGUUGCGUUUACUUUUCAUAGGGGAAAAAAGACCAGUAUGUGCAAAUAAUAAUAACGAUGAUGAUGAUGAUAGAGCCUUUACAGUAAUAAUAAUUAAUCAUGACGGUUUUUAAAUGUCAUCGAACACGUUCUGUUUUAUCUUUGUGUUUCAGAUCAUGGAGCAUGGAAGGAACGGGCAGUGCCCCCGGUACAUGUCGGAGGACCCAGAAGAGGUGAGCACAUCUUCCCACGCAUCCAUUUUCAAAACCAGUUCAACAUUCUGUCACACCCCAGCGUGACCAAGGAACAGGAGCUGGGGGUGGGGCUAUGCAAAUAGGAGCCAGUUUGAAUCUCAAUCGCUUGGGAUCAUCUGGGGUGCAGGAUACAGUUUAGCUGGUGUUUUGCUGAUUUAUUAAUGAGAUGUCAGCACAUACACUUCCUUCAAUGAGCUCCGUUGCGGCAAGUGUGUCCAUUGGGAUUAUCCUGUUUGAUCUUCCCAACAGCCCUGUGAGGUAGGUUAGGGUGAAGGAGGGAGACUUGCUCAGUGCUGUCCAGUGAGGCCACGUCAAAUGAGGCCCAGCUAGACCCGAUGCCAUCAAAAGACAAAACAAAGCUUGUAGGCACUGCUAGUCCUACUCAGAGUAGACCCAUUGAAGUGAAUGGGCAUGAUUAACUUAGGUCCACUAAUUUCUGUGGGUCUGCCCUGAGUAGAACUGACUUGGAUACACCCCAGAAACCUGAAGAUAGACGUUAUCUUCAAUAUUAUUUUAAAAAACUGGAUGGUGUGUCAGUUAGGGUGUUGGAGUGUGAAAAAACAAGUACUGUAGUUUUCGCUCUAUAGGACGCACCGGACGAUAAGACGUACCUAGUUUGGGGGAGAGGAAACAAGAAGAAAAAAAUUCUGAACCCCAGAAGCCAGAACAGCAAGAGGGAUCUGGCUUCUGGGAUAGCCUCUUGCUGUUCUGGCUUCGGGGACAGCCUGCGAAGCCUCCGCAGGGCAGCGGGGUGAAGGCACCCCGCUGCCCUGCAGAGGCUUUGUGCAGCCAUCCCCAAGCUAGAACAGCGAGACGGAGUGCUGCGCAGCACUCCGUCUCCCUGUUCUGGCUUUGGGCUUAGCCGCGCAGCCUGCAUUCACUCCAUAAGACGCACAUACAUUUUCCCUUACUUUUUAGAAGGGAAAAAGUGUGUCCUAUAGAGCGAAAAAUACGGUAGGUUCCCAACUAAUAGAGCCCAGACCUCAGUCUCAAUAACAGUGCAUUUUUGGUUGCCUGCAUGUGCAACACCGUGCUACCCCCUCACAAAUGGCUUUAAAAGAGGAUUAGUCAAAUUCAUGGAGGCGAAGGCAGUGUGGUGUAGGGGUUAGAGAGUGUCGGCCUAGGACCCUGGAGACCAGGGUUCGAAUCCCCCAAUCAGCCACAAAACUCACUGGGUGUGACCAUUCACUCUCAGCCUAACCUGCCUCACGGGGCUGCAGCGAGGAUAAAACGAGGAAGGAGGAGGAGCUCCCUGAGGGAAAAGUAGGGUAUAAAUGUGCUAAGUCAAUAUUGUAUCAAUCCCCACGGUUCAGAAACAACAGCUGAAAGAGAUUCUGGAGCGCCGAUCUCACACCGAACUCUACGAGCACGAGAAAGACCUUGUGUGGAAGAUGAGGCAUCAGGUGCGGGACCAGUACCCAGGUGCCCUGGCGAAGCUGCUGGUUGUAACCAAAUGGAACAAGCACGAAGAUGUUGCUCAGGUGAGAAGUUCUUGCUUGGGAGCCAGGGCGGCAGCUGGCAGAGAGUGAAUGUUCAGGUGUUGCAUGCAGAUGUUCAAGCCGAACAUGGGUUCCAGAACCUCUAUUUAUCUAUCUAUGCAUGUGUAUCUGUUUUUUUAAAAUGCAGAAUUGUACAGAAUAGCAGAAUAUGUGAAACCAUGCUAGGAAAAACAGUUUUAUUUCUUCAAGUUAAAAAGAAUCCAUCCUUCGCACAAGGGUGGGUGGCAACUCUGUUACUCCCUCCAUCCUCUGCCUCCCCCUGCCUCCCCCACCUUCCUGUUUGUGGCAGUGGAGUUUUUGACACCAACUUUGUCUCCCCACAACAUCCUCCAAGCUCUGAGAAAGGGACAAAGGUGAUCCCUUCUGCACAAGGUAGCCAGAAGAGUGCUUGAGCUGGUAUGCUCUACUGCAGUAGCUAGAAGGAUACUUCAGCUUAAGCCUUUUCAGCAGCCCAGAAGGCUUGGCUCCUUUCUCAUUUCUUUCAACCGUUGUUCGUAGGACUUGGUCCUCACAGGACUUUUUUUGUGCCUGACUGGAAUGUGUCUAGCAAUGCCUCUUGCUUGUCUAGAGAGAGGAAAGAGGGGUUUGUGAGCUGGUGUGGCAAUCAAACUUCCGCCUGGCUCCACCCACUGCUGGCAUGUGGCCCCUGGGAGGUUGCCCAAAACAGAAUGCGGCCCUUGGGCAGAAAGAGGUUCUGGACCCUCCAACAACCUCUGGACGUGUUCCAGUUUGUCAGUCUUUCUUCUUUCCCUCCCACCACAAGUAUUUUACAGUGGUACCUCGGGUUAAGUACUUAAUUCGUUCCGGAGGUCCAUUCUUAACCUGAAACUGUUCUUAACCUGAAGCACCACUUUAGCUGAUGGGGCCUCCUGCUGCUGCCGCGCCGCCAGAGCACGAUUUCUGUUCUCAUCCUGAAGCAAAGUUCUUAACCUGAAGCACUAUUUCUGGGUUAGCGGCGUCUGUAACCUGAGGUACCACUGUAUUGUUUUCAGUCUGUCUUUAAAAAAAAUAUGUCCACUUUGCAGAUGAUCCACUUGUUACAGUCUUGGCCAGAGCUGCCCGUUCUCAAUGCCUUAGAGCUGUUGGAUUUCAACUUCCCCGAUCGCUACGUGGUUUCCUUCACAGUCAACUCGCUGAAAAAGUUGACGUGAGUAAAACGAAAGUUUGCCUGAUGUUACUCAUUUGGGUACGUUUAUAUGCCAUUUGAUAACACGAAAGGUGGAAUGUAGCCAAUACCCACUUAUAUUUAUUUAUUUAUUGACAGCAUUUGUACCCUGCUCCUCAGCCAAAAAUGCUCCUACAGUGGCUUAUGUACAAUCAAAACAAGACAGUCACUACCCUCAGACUUACAAUCUGGAAAAAGGCAAAAGAGAGAGGGAUGAGAAAUCAAAAUCAAAACUCAGGCACCAGUUUCUAAGCAGUUGGCACAGUUCAGGGGGCACGGGAGGUGCCUGAUGGAGCUAGGCCUCCAGCAAAGUGGAUGAAAUGAGCCUUCUGUUUCCUAUCUCUCCCACUGAGACAGCUUGGUGGUAAAUGGCUGCCCUGAGAUGACAGAGGAUGCUUUAAGUGGCUGGCCUGCCACAGCAGAGCCAAUGGAGUGAGUUCUGCUUUCCACCUCUCCCAUUUCUGGAAUGGCUUCCCCUAGAUGACGGAUGAGGGGAGAGUUUGCCUAAUGGAGUAGACCUGCUGAAAAUUUACCAGGAUGACUAAGUUAGGCCCAUUAGUACUGGCUUUCUUAUUAUAUACAUAAAAACUUAAGGUGUCGUCAUGCUGCAGUUUGCGUAGCCGCCAAUAGAUGUUUGGCAAGUGGGGGCAGGUGAGCAACACAAGCAGCAGCCACAGACCCUAUUUUGCAUAAAAUGGUACAAAAUGCUCAUUUUUAAAAAAUAGCAGAAAGACCAACAGACUUUAAAAAACAGUGGAUGCAAUAAAAUGACCAAAAUAUUGAUAAAAUCAAUUGAAUUUUUUUAUUUCCCCCUGAAAAAAACCAUUUUAUUGUUUCCAUUUAUGCAGUAUGUAAUCAAUAUUCAGCAAUUCCACCCUUCCCACGGUAUUUAUAAACAAAAGCACAUAAUGAACUUAACAGGGCUAGGUAGGCUUGCCUAAACAAGGAAGCUUUUAGCAGGUAUCAAAAACAGUACAGUGAAAGUCUCUGAAACACACCCACAAAAAAUUGGGGGUGGCAGGCAAGGAAACGUUGUGCACCCCCUUGAACUCCUUGGUGGAAGGAUAGGAUAAAAGCAUGAGGAGUGAUAUUAGUAAAACCAAUUUGUUAUCUUCUGCAUCUUUGUUUUGCAAUAACUUGUUGCCUGGUGUCGGUGUUUGUGUGUGUGUGUGUGUGUGUGUGUGUGAGAGAGAGAGAGAGAGAGAGAGAGAGAGAGAAAGAGAGAAGGUCAGAGGCUGGUCUGUUAAGGCAAAUGGGAUGCUGCCCCAUCAAUCUCAAUAUCAUCAGCCAGCCCCCCACCUUCUUGCCUUCUUGCUUACAUCCAGUUCAUCUCCCUGUUCCUCCUCAAUCUCCGUGUUGCCCUUGUAGAACUCAGCAGAGAGGUGCAUGGGGAUAAAACUAGAAUGAGUGGGUUCCUGCUGGCCCUCAUUCUUGCUUUGCCUCAUUUUUCUGCCCUACCAGUCCCAGUGGGAACCAGCAAAGGGGUUGGGCCAAGCAAACAAGAGGGCAGAAAGCUAACCCACGCCUACCCCAGGGUGGAGUCAUGAGUGGUUAUGGAACUGUCUGCAUAACUCUCUGCCGUGCCCACAAAGCUGCUGGAAUAAAAGUUGAAACCUGUGAGAACUGUAACUGAAUGUUGCAGCAUGGAACGCUUCUGUCUGAGGCACACCAGCCAGCCAUACCCUUUCCUGUCACUGGCUCUGGCUCCUCCUGCUGUCGGGCUUCGUGCCUUCUGCCCCAGCAGUCUUGUCUCCCUCACCUACCCCCCAAAAAAUCCCCACAGGGAAAUAAAAAUAAAUAGAUGAAGGGAAUAAGAACAAUGGGGAGGAAGAGGUGGGUUUGCUGGUUUACAAUAGCCCUGUGCUGCGUGUCAACUGAUGCCUCUGCACUUGUGGUGUGGAAAUGACUCCUCUGCUGCCGCCUCUCCUUCUGCAGAGAUGCCGAAUUGUUCCAGUACCUCCUCCAGCUGGUUCAAGUGCUGAAGUACGAAUCUUAUUUAGACUGCAAAUUGACCACAUUCCUGUUGGACAGGGCCUUAUCCAAUCGCAAAAUAGGGCACUUCCUGUUCUGGCACCUCAGGUAAGGAAGUACUUUGUGUACAGUUAAAAGCUAACCGCAUGACAUGGGCUGCGGCAGGGAAGGAAUACAGAGAUUAAUUAUUUCCUUAUUCCUCACCCCCUCCCCAGCCAGCUGUGGUCCCAAUGAAAAUCUCCUCCCCACCUGCUUUUUGUUGUUGCUGUUGCUAAAGACCCAAGCUGUGUCAACUGAUUUUAAUAUUGUGUUUUUAAUGUGGCUGUAACCCACUUUGGGACUUUCUGGUGAAGGAUGGAUAAAACCAUCAAUAAAUUAUAAUUAAUCAAGUAAUUAAUUUGAUGGCCUUUUAACUAGCAUUUUCAGCAGAGGCUUUUCUCUGUGGGCCCUCACUUGCUGAGGUGUGUUUAUAUGCUUGAACAAAUGGGCAGGGACUUCUUCUGUGGUGGCUCCCACCCGACUUUAGAAUGUAUCCAUCCCCAUAAUCACUGGCACCAACUUUAUUAUCAUUUUUGGCAACAAGUUAAUAAGGGAUUACCUUUGUCUGUGGCUUGCUUUGUGUUCGUUUUCUUAGGUUUUUUUUUAAUUAUCUUCUGAUAUUUUGCUUUUAUUGUAUUUUGUUGUUGUACACUUUGCCCUGAAACUCAUUUUGGGUGAAGGAUUUUUUUUUUUUUAAAAAAAGAUCACCAUCAUCCUAAAAUGUCAAUUUCCUCCUCUCACCAUCCCCGCUUAGAUCUGAAAUGCAUGUCCCAUCUGUGGCCUUAAGGUUUGGCCUGAUCCUGGAAGCUUACUGCCGAGGGAGCACCCACCACAUGAAAUCUCUGAUGAGGCAGGUAAGCAGCUGGCUUGUCCAAAGGGGAUGCUUGCACUUUUUCAAACCAGCAGGUUGAUACAUGGUGAGGCCCCAGGGCUGGAUUAACCAUUAAGCAAAAUAAGCAUGUGCUUAGGCGAAGGAGUCAGCAGACUUUUUCAGCAGGGGGCCAGUCCACUGUCCGUCAGACCUUGUGGGGGCCUGGACUAUAUUUUGAAAAAGAAAAAAAAAGAACGAAUUCCUAUGCCCCACAAAUAACCCAGAGAUGUAUUUUAAAUAAAAGCACACAUUCUACUCAUGUAAAAACACUCUGAUUCCUUGACUGUCUGCUGGCCAAAUUGAGAAGGCAAUUGCGCUGGAUCCGGCCCCCAGGCCUUAGUUUGCCUACCCAUGGCUUAGGGCAUCAAGGGAAAAGGGGCACCACAGAAAUUUUCCAUGGUGAUUAGAAGAAGUAGGGGGGGGGGGAGAAUCAAAUAUAAUUUUCUUUCUUACUGUAGGUUUUGUUUCAUUUUGAAAAAUAAAAUUCUAUUUUACUUGUUGUUUAUAUUUUGAAUUAUAUAUGGAGGCACCAAAAUCUUCUAGGUGCUUAGAGUCUCUAAAGGUCUGAAUACAGCCCCGGGGGAUUAAAUAGCACGUUUAUUUCACGUACAGAGGCCAAAUGGACUGUCAGCGGGAUCUUAUUUGGACGCCUUAAAUAUUUUGAAUAGAACAAAAUGAGUUGACUUGGCUCUGGUUGUGUUUUAGAUUAUGUAAUUUUUCAUUCUCCCUUCCGAUGUAGAGCGAAGCCCUCAACAAGAUGAAGGCCUUGAAUGGCAUCGUCAAAUUAAGUGCCCUAAAGAACCCCAAGCCUCAAACUAAGGAGUUCAUGCACACCUGUUUGCGGCAAGAGACCUACCUGGAAGCUCUCUCCAACCUUCAGUCUCCCUUGAACCCCAGUGUCAUCCUGGCAAAAGUCAGGUAAGGCAGGGCUGGCGGUGCUCGGGCAAGGGGCCCCCUCGGAAUUCUCCCUAGGCCACACCCCUUCUCAGGCCACACCCCUCAGCAGCUCUGCCUUGCAUCCUCCCAGCUAGAAUGUGUUGCUGAAUGCUGAUAAUGCCUCUUGCUUGCCUGGAGCGAGGAUAGAGUAAAUUUACCACAUGUGGCUCCGCCCCACUUGGCCCCUGGGCUGAAAAGGAUUUCCCGUUGCUGACACAAGGGGGUACUUUGGAUCGCACCAGAGCUUGCGGUCGCUCAGAGUGGGCCGAUUUCAUAUUACCGAUUUCAGCAGUUUGUACUGCCCAGGACCUGACAAAGAUGAAAAACAUGUUUUUAAACAGCCCAAGAUGCUGUUUUAAAACAUCAAAUCAGGGAACUCGCAAGGCCUGUUGGAAUAAUACGGUUCUUUAUCAGGAGUCAGAAGUUCAACAGAGAGAGGGGGUCUGUGUGAUCUCUGCUGGGAGGUUGCUCCUCAGAAGUGUUUCCCCAAAACCAAACACACAGAUAUGAGCCAUGCAUCUUGAGCCUUGCGGGGGACCACUGACAGUGAUUUCCCAGAAGGGCUCAGUAAUCAGGCAGGGAUACAAGGGGUAUAAGCAGCCCCUUGGACCCAAGUUGUGAAGGGCCUUAUAAAUUAGUACAAGAACCUCAAAUUUGAGCCGGUAGCAGUCGUGCAGCCGGUGCAAGCUUUUAAGCACCAGAGUUAAGUGCUGGCAGUCAUCUGCCCCCACCAACUGUUUGGCUGUAGCAUUUUGCAUAAUCUGGGCCUAGGAUGGUGUGGACCAAGGAGGGCUCUGAGCUUAGCGCUAGAGCAUCUUCUUUGCAAGCAAAAUGACCCAUUGGUGUUUCCAGGUAGGGCUGGGAAAGAUUCCCUGCCUGAAACCCUGGAGAGUCGCUGCCAGUCUUUGCAGGCAGUACUGAACUAGAUGGACCUAAUGGUUUGACCCUGUAUAAAACAGCUUCCUUUUGUUCUUACACCUCAAGGGAAAGGACUGUAGGUCACUAGUAGAGCACAUGCCUUGCAUGUAGAAGGGUCUGGGUUUAAUCCCUAGCCUCUCCUUUUAAAGCAGGGCUUCCCAAACUUCGGUCCCCAGCUGCUUUUGGACUUCAGUUCCCAUCAUCCCUGAUCACUGGUCCUGCUAGCUAUGGAUGAUGGUCCAAAAGCAACUGGUGACCCAAGUUUAGGAAACCCUGAUUUUGAAAGACCUGGCAGCAGGUGUUGGGGGGAAGAUCUCUCUCCUUCUGCCAGGGAUCCAGCAGAGCAGCUUGACAACACAGCAUGGCUAUGUGGAAAGAGUCUAUCUUGCAUCAUUUAAAAGUUUUAUUAUUUUCACCCCUUCUUACCUCCAAGCUUCUGCAAGUGGGUGGAGGUUUUCAGUUGGUUUUCAUAUAUAUGUGUGUGUGUGUGCAAUUUUUCUAGUGUGGAGCUUUGCACUUUCAUGGACUCGAAGAUGAAGCCUCUGUGGAUCGUGUUUAACAAUGAAGAGAUAGGCGGCACCAGCAACGUGGGGAUCAUCUUCAAAAAUGGAGACGGUAAGGAAGCCACACAACAGCUUCUUGCUGGGUUGGGGAUAUAGGAGGAGCCUCUUUGUCCCACGAAGAUUCCUCUCCCAGUAACAGUGGUCGUGUUAACUAAGGAGCACUUAGUUAAACUAUGCAGCUGGCUAUCACUUCUCUGUUUGAUGGUGUCUGUGUGUAGUGUUUUAGAAACAGCGAUAAGGCAGGUCCUUGCCCCAAGCAGCUUACAGUUUAAAAUAGACACUGGAAAAGAGCAGAGGAUGUGGGAAAUUAGAAGAGUAUGUGAUUAUUUCAACUACGUUUACUCUGGCUUUGUUACAAUAAAGUAGGAAUAAGGUAUUUGUUGUCCAGCAACAUCUGGAAGGCUGCAGGUUGCCCAUUCCUGGACUUAAGGCUCCUAGGAACACCUUUUUAGGAAAGAGGCUGCCUGCUGUGUCUCUGCAUGAGUGCCUGCUCUGGCUUUUUAUUGGUUAAAACUAGUGAGUUUUGACAAGGGAAUUAAGAGGUGUGGUUGCAUAGAGGCCGUUCUGGGGCAUGCACGUAUCUAUCUACAUCCACAUUUGUGACAGUUUGCAGGGUAUUAUAUAUUUACCUCAUGAUUUGGCUAUUUGCUUUCAAUGUGGAUUUUUAAAAGUGACCCUGGAGUUUUAUUUCCACUGUUGAUAUUGUAGGGUAUAGAUUAAGUAAACAACAUGCCGACUAACAUAUGCAAAAUCCCUUUCCUAAAGAAGGUACAUAUCUUAAGUUGGCAUGCUAGUUUCUUAGCACAAACAUUGUGCAUUAUGCUGGUAAUCUUUUUACAACAACCUUGUAAGGCAGGUCCGUAUUAUGAUGCCCAAUGAACAGGCAUCAGUUUUCCUACUGCUAAGUGAGUUCGUGUUGACAGAGGCAAGAUGUAUAACUUAGGAGACUCCUCCCUAGGUCUCAUCAGGCUACGUUUUGCUACGUUAGCCGUGCCAAUCAGUUGCACAGAGUCUACUCUGAGUAGGACUAAUGCUGGCUACAACCCUUAAUCUCUUAGUCAGAAUAACUUUCCCAGUUUUAAUCAUCAGAGCACCCUAAAACAUGGGAAUGCACAAAUCUGCAUGUUGUUAGUGCCCCAUUGUGGCCAAAUGAAGAACACACAAAGGCAAAUGUUCCCAUCAUCAUAACCACUGAUGAAAUGGGAGAAAAUCAUGGGAUGAAUAGAGAAAAAAAGAGAAAUGUUUCUUAAUUUUUCAGAUCUCCGUCAGGAUAUGUUGACCCUGCAGAUGAUCCAGCUGAUGGAUAUCCUGUGGAAGAAAGAAGGGCUAGAUCUCAGGUGAGUUCCAAAAUAAAUAAUUAUGAUGUUUAUACGCCCCCCCCCUUUCAUCCAAGGUCCUUAAGGCUGCAUACAUAGUUCUCUCUUCUCUUCUCUUCUCUUCUCUUCUCUUCCCCCACCCACAAAUUUUACCUUCGCAAGAACCCUCUGAGGUUGAUUUAGGGCUGAGAGAUCCAUUUAGCUACCGGUGGCUUGGGUCUCUCACUCCUGUCUCUCUUGAUAUUUGCAAAUUAACCCUGGUUGUAGUGGGGGGCGUUUAUGUGUAUAGGGCAAUGGAGUGGAAGUCUCAAACCAGGCUGCUAAUGGUGCACUACCUCUGCGUCUGCUGCACUCAGAGCAGACUGGUAGCACAGCAUAAAAUAGCACUUUUAAGGCACAGAAACUCAACACUGUCCAAGCAUUCUGUCACCUGACUGCCUAACAGCCAGUCCUGGUAUACCUGGGUAUAUAAAAGCCCUUGCCUCAGGGGUUGCUCCAGUCUUCAAAAUACCUCUCUGGCAUCAGGACAGCCUUGAGUCCCUGCUCUCUUCCCCCAACAGUGACCAUGGCUUGGGCGACACACCUUCCUUCCAGGCCUUUUAAGAACUUGGGACCCAUGCCUGGGUCUGGUUUUGGGUCUUUUUGGCCAUGUACCUGCCUCUUGCCCACUUGUGCUGGCAGUGGCUUCCCUGCAAAACACCCAGAAUUUUUUAAAAAGGGUCCUGACAUCUUCCCCUCACUCUUACCUUCUUUAAGGAUGACUCCUUAUGGCUGCCUUUCCACGGGAGACAAGACAGGGCUGAUAGAAGUGGUCAUGGACUCAGACACGAUUGCCAACAUUCAGCUCAACAAGAGCAAUAUGGCGGCCACUGCCGCCUUCAACAAGGACGCCUUGUUGAACUGGCUGAAGUCCAAGAACCCAGGGUAAGUUUUUGUAUUAUUGCAGGGGGUUGGAAUACAUGGCCCCCUCCUAACUCUACAAUUCUAUUUCCUUACUAUGACUACUGUUAUUUUUAAAUUAUUGUUAGAGCAAGUAAGAACAGUAGGUUGUAUCUAAGGCCUUUUGUUCCAUUAGUGCAAGGAUUUGAGUUCACACAUGGGAACUUCUCUCUCCGCCCUCCACUCCCCUCCACCCCCAGAUCUUCUCCAUAGGAAGGAGGGAGGUUGUGUUGUGCUGACAUAUAUGCUUGCAUGAAUGGAAUGAGCUUAGUGCUGCUGUGGAUACAAGCACACAAAUAUAAAUCAAAUUGCAAAAUGGUUCAGUGAGGGUUAAAAAAACCACGACUUCCCAAAUAGAUGAAGGGUCACCAACCUUUGAUAGGCUUACUGGACACAUGCAGAAUUUUUAACCUGGUGCCUUGAGUUCAUUGGGAGCUUUGAAAAGUACAUAAAGCUGAAAGAGGAAGUGGGAAAGAAAGUCACUUACCCAACUUCCUCCUCCAGUCCUAUCUACUUUCCAAGGGAAAAAAAUAACCACCCUCAGCACCUCGUGAGUGUGGGAAAUUGUGCGCAUCACACUAUCAGCCCCAGCAACAGAUCAUCUAAAUACCUGGAUAAAUAAAAAUGUCUUUUAAAAGAUGGCUUAAACCCAUUAGGGUUGGCCCCUGCCAGAUCUGUGAAGAGGAGGCUGUUGUGUAAUGAGUGCUGCAACUGAGAACAUCCCUUCCCGCAUUGACACAUUAUGUUUGCUGUUUGGGGCUGGGUUAAGAAGGUGUUUUACCUGAUCUCUGUGUCUGGGGCUGGUAUAUAUGGGAGAAGGCAAACACCACCACCCCAGCACCUACAUCCUAUUUGUGGUUGUAACAGAAAUGUAUGGGGAAUACACACCAUACAUUUAAAGCACAUGGUUCCACCCCCCAAAGAAUCCUAGGAAUUGUAGUUUUUACCCCUAUAAUUCCCAGUACCCAUAACAAACUAGUUCCUGGGAUUCUUUGGAGGAAGUCAUGCUCUUUAAAUGCAUAUGGUGUAUGUGAAGCCAUGGAGAAGUUGGCCAUGUUCUCUGACCUAGCUCACUCCAUUGUUAUUUUGAAUCAUUUGAUUUAUGUCCCACCAAGGAACUCGAGGUGACGGGAUACAUGGUUUCACCACCUCCCCAUUCUACCCACCAACAACCCUGAGAGGUAGAUUUGGUAUGCAUCCAGCAAACUUCAUGACGGAGUGGGGAUUUGAACCCUGGUCUCCCAGGUCCUAGUCCAGCACUUUAACCACUAUACCACACCGGCUGUGAGGUUACAUUGCCUUGCAAGGAUGAGCUCCAGCUUAUCUUCAGUGGGUUUUUGUUCCCUGUCUGUUGUGUAGCGACGCGCUGGACCGAGCCAUUGAGGAAUUCACGCUCUCCUGUGCUGGAUACUGCGUGGCCACCUACGUGCUUGGCAUUGGAGACCGCCACAGUGACAACAUCAUGAUCCGAGAGAACGGCCAGGUAUCGGCAAUCUGAUACGCCUUCAAGGGGCUAUGCAGCUGGUUAAUUUCUUCCCACCUCUUUUUGUAUCCUCUCAACAACCCUGUGAGGUAGUUUUAUACCGAUAAGGAAAGUAACCCCUUGAACUUCUGUAGUGGCUUUCAAACUCUCCCACAAGGAGAGGUUGCAGCGUUAAGGACUUUUUUUAAGAGAAAAAGGCUACACAUUAGCAGCUUGUAAAUUUACACAUGGCAUGGAGACAGCAGCUAGAUAAAAUCCCCCCCAUUAGAACUCGCUUCUGCAGUAGGUAGUGAUGGUCACCAACUUGGGUGGCGUUAAAAGAGGAUUGGACAAAUUCAUGGAGGGGGCUGCUAAUGGCCUCUAGCCAUGAGGGCUAUUCUCUGCCUCCACUGUCGGAAGCAGUAAUGCUUUUGAAUACCAGUUGCUGUAAACGGCAGAUUUGCUCAAGGUUUGCACUACCUAUUGUGUAAUUUCUUAGUGCAGAAUUUAUUGGUUUUUAGAAUGGUGCAAGUAGGGUCUGUCUUCUGUGUUGGGAAAUUUAAGGCUGGUGGGACGAUGCUGCCAGGCUUGCAAUUAGAAGCCCUAACCUGCUCCCCCCCCCCCCAUUUGUUUCCAGCUGUUUCACAUUGAUUUUGGCCACUUCCUGGGAAAUUUCAAGACCAAGUUCGGAAUCAAUCGCGAGCGGGUCCCUUUCAUCUUGACCUAUGACUUUGUCCAUGUGAUCCAGCAGGGCAAAACCAGCAACAGCGAGAAGUUUGAACGGUAAAGGAUGAGCUCUGUGUUGAAAGUUGCCCCCGAUUUGCUCUGGUUGGGCUCUCCCCUCCCCAACUUGUCUGGGGCUUAGGGUGGAAUCAAGGGCUUUAUUUUGUGUCCAGGGCUAGGAGCGGCUGGUAACUGAGAAACAAAGCCAGAGAGAUGGACUAUAUACAAUGGAUAUUGUGUGUAAAAGGUAUAUGCGCAUGCACAGUGAGGGUCUGUGUAUAAAAUCUCUCUUUGUAUUAACACCUGCACACAGGAGGAAAUUUAUGGGCUGCACCCAAUGUGAGUCCUACUCAGAGCAGACCCACUGAAGUUAAUGGGCCUAACAUUGUAUACCACCUGUAUAUUAAAAAGGCAAAAAAAAAAAGGCAUUGUAUACCACCUGUAUAUUAAAAAGGUGCUAACACGUAAGUCCGUAUACAGCUCAGAACCAGGUUACUCGAGAGGCUGCCUUGUGCCUUACACACCCAGUAGAUUGCUGCAGUCUGCGGGAGGGUUUCUUUUGCAAGUUCCAAAGACUUCUGAAGUGCACUCUGCAGUAACUCAGAGCAGGGCAUUUAUUGUGGAUGCCCCUUCUGUGGAAUAGCAUUUCAAGAUAUGGCAGGAGCCCACUAUGUGCACUUUCGGAAACAGUUGAAGACAUUCCCCCCCACCCCCCAGCUUGAUGAAUGGUCUGUAACACGUGUUAAGGCCACUUGCUAGGGUUUUAGUCUUGUUUUAAAUUUAUUCAUUGUUUUCGUGUGUUAAACUGCUUUUAAUUAUCUUGCAUGUAAUACACCUUGAGACUAUGGCUUAGAAGGCAAUUAAUAAAUCAGUGGUGUAAGAGGUAUUACAAAUUAUCUAAUUAUACAUUUUCUUGUUUUUAUAGACGGUGUGUGUAGAGUUGGGUUCUGGCAAUGUGCUGUACUAAGCAGUCCACAAAGCCCAUGAGUUGCUCUAUGUAUAUGUUGCUGUGUACAAUUGUAUCAAGUGCAAAUCCUAGUGAAAUUAAGUUGUGAUUUAUUUAUUUAUUUAUCUGGGAGGGAAGCAUUGUCCUCCCUUCCAUCCAUUUCCAUUUCAUACCUUUUUCCUUCCAGAUUCAGAGAGUAUUGCGAAAGAGCCUACAUGAUCCUCCGAUGCCACGGCCUCCUCUUUCUACACCUGUUUGCACUGAUGAAAGCAGCGGGGCUGCCGGAGCUAAGCUGCUCCAAAGACAUCCAGUAUCUCAAGGUGAGAGAGAGAUCAGGCAGGUUUCAAGGGAACCUUAAGGUCAGGCAAGGACCCACCUUUACAGCAGGCUGACCCCAUUGUCCCCAAAAUUCCGCCCCCCACAGACCACUGAAUAUUUCUGCCUGCCACAGCAAUUGUUAGGUGCUGCACGAUAUUCAAUCAUGUUUUUGUAGCUUCAUUUCUUACAUUUUGUACUGUGUUUACUAUUCCAUAGAACACAACAAACUAUAAUAUGUAAGAAAUGAAAGCAGCAAUAAAAACAGUUAAAAAUCAACGUGGAUAUGGAGCGUGGACAAUGCUGUGGUCUACUUGACCAGUUUGAGAACCCCUGUCUUAAAUUGUUUUUAAUACUGUGUUUUUGUUUGCUGGGACCUUAUGGUGAAGGGCGGGUAAGAAACUGAACUAAAACAAUAAAUUUAGUUCCUUUUUCCUCCUUCCUUAGGACUCGUUGGCAUUAGGGAAGACGGAUGAAGAGGCGAGGAAGCACUUCCAACUCAAGUUUAACGAAGCCCUGCGGGAGAGCUGGAAAACCAAAGUCAACUGGCUGGCUCACAAUGUGUCCAAGGACAACAGGCAAUAG